AUGAAAAACUCAUCAGUUGUGUCAUUGAUAAUACUGGAAGCCUUUUACAGAAUGGAAGACCUUAAAUACCUUUACUUUGUCAUCUUUUUCAUGUUAUACAUGCUUGUACUCUUAGCAAACAUCACUGUGAUCUUUGUCGUUAUUAGCAACAAAGUGCUUCAUAAACCAAUGCACAUCUUUCUUUGUAAUUUGGCUGCAAAUGGCAUCUAUGGUAGCACAGCUUUGCUUCCCCCCUUGCUAUCUACUUUAAUGUCUCCUUUUCAUGUGGUAUCUCUGGCCUGCUGUAAGGCUCAAACUUACUUCCUGCACACAUAUGCUAUCAUAGAGUUCACCAUUUUGUCAGUGAUGUGCUAUGAUCGCUAUGUGGCCAUCUGCUAUCCACUGCAGUAUCACACUAUUAUGACGAUCACAAAAGUGUAUAAACUAAUAGCUUUCUCAUGGGGUUAUCCUUUAGUGGCAUUUUCAUUGUUAUUUAUUCUGACUCUGCGCUUGACACAAUGUAGAAACAUUAUAGGGCGAGUCUACUGCUCCAACUAUUCUCUUGUUAAACUGUCCUGUGAUGACACAAAUGUUGUGAGUACUAUUGGACUGGUUUCUGUUGUUGUAUACACUUUUCCUCAGCUUGUGAUGACUUUCUAUUCAUACGGACAUAUUCUUAAAAUAUGCUUUACUGCAACUAAAGAGUCAAAAAUAAAAGCACUGAAGACCUGCACUCCACACUUAUUUGCAAUAAUGAACUAUAGUGUGGGAUGUUUUUUUGAAAUUGUACAAAGUCGCUUUGACACAAGUUAUCUCCCAUUUGAAACACAAAUAUUUAUGUCAAUUUAUUUCUUGAUUUUUCCUCCAAUUCUGAAUCCAGCCAUUUACGGGCUGAGUGUUCAGGCUCUGAGAGGCAAUAUUUUUCGACUUUGUGGCUCUAAGAAUAAGUUACUGCCUUUAAAGUAG